AUAGGCUCUCCUUUCUCCAACGCUCACAUCUUCAUCCAAUUUGGAAUCCAUGAAGAAGCUUCUCUCCCCUCUCAAUUCGAUCUCUGCCGCUUUGGUUAGCAGACCCACCCUUCUUCGUUUCGUCUCCUCUCACUUCACCACCGCAGCAGCCUCCCGCGUCGGUGACUCCGCCGACUCUUCCGAACCCGAAGCCGGUCGCCUCCGUUUCCCUUCCGUCAUUCGGGACAAAGAUCUGCUUCUCAAAAGCCCGACCGCCGAGUCCGGCCUCCUCGUGCUCGACCUCAUCGACGCCGGCUCCCUCGAGCCCUCCGCCGACCUCUACUCCGACCUUGUCAAGAGAUGCACCCAAUUCAAGAAACUCAAGGAGGGCAGACUCGUACAUGCCCACUUAAUGCGAUCUGAAUUCAAGUCUGAUAUCUUCCUCCAGAAUUCGAUCGUCAACUUGUACUGUAAAUGCGGCAGCUUGGAUGACGCGCGGAAGGCGUUCGACGAAAUGCCCGCGAGGGACAUGGUUACAUGGACCGCCCUCAUCACGGGCUACGCCCAGAAUGAUAGACCAAAUGAAGCUGUGGAGAUGCUUCCGAGGAUGCUUCGGCUCAGGUUGGUACCUAAUGCAUUCACCUUCGGCAGCCUCUUCAAGGCUUGCGGAGCUGCUUCCAGGAACGGACAUUGUGAAGAGGUCCAUGCUUUGAGUGUGAAAUGCGGUUGUAGUCCGGAUGUCUAUGUAGGAAGCGCAAUACUAGACAUGUACGCUCGUCAUGGAAGGAUGGAAGAAGCCUGCUUGGUGUUUGAUCAGCUGGACUCAAAGAAUGAGGUGUCAUGGAAUGCAUUGAUAGCAGGAUAUGCGAGGAGAGAAGAUUGCAAGACAGCUAUGAAAAUGUUUUGGGAAAUGCAGAGGAGUGGGUUUGAGGCCACGCAUUUCACCUACUCGAGUAUUUUUAGUGCUUGUGCUAGUAUUGGUGCACUAGAGCAAGGAAAAUGGGUUCAUGCUCAAAUGAUCAAAUGUGGGCAGGUGCUUACUGCUUUCGUGGGUAAUACUCUUCUUGAUAUGUAUGCAAAGUCAGGAAGCAUUCGGGAUGCCAGAAAAAUAUUUGAUCGAGUGAAUAAGAAAGAUCUUGUUUCUUGGAAUUCGAUGCUUACUGCAUAUGCGCAGCAUGGGCUUGUUAGUGAAGCAAUUCACUGGUUUGAAGAGAUGCGGAAGCUUGGAGUUCAGCCGAACCAGAUUACUUUCCUUUGCAUCCUCACUGCCUGCAGUCAUGGAGGGUUAUUGAAGGAAGGGCAGUACUACUUUGACAUGAUGAAGAGAUACAAGGUGGAACCGGAGAUUGAGCAUUAUGUUACAAUUGUCGAUCUCCUUGGCCGAGCUGGUCUUCUUGAUCGGGCACAGAAGUUCAUAAAUGAAAUGCCUGUUCAACCAAGUGCUGCUGUUUGGGGAGCUUUGCUUGGUGCUUGUAGGAUGCACAAGAACGCAGAAUUAGGGAAAUUUGCUGCAGAAAGGGUAUUUGAACUUGACCCAUAUGAUGCUGGCCCUCAUGUGUUGCUUUACAACAUCUAUGCAUCCACUGGUAGAUGGACUGAUGCAGCCAAAGUGAGGAAAAUGAUGAAAGACGGUGGAGUGAAGAAAGAGCCUGCUUGUAGCUGGGUGGAGAUGGAAAACUCAGUCCACAUGUUUGUAGCAAAUGAUGAUUCCCAUCCACAAAUAAAAGAGAUACAUAAGAUGUGGGAGAAAAUUGAUGCAAUGAUUAAAGAGGCAGGAUAUGUUCCAGAUACGAAUUACGUGCUCUUAUAUGUGGAUGAACAUGAGAGGGAGGCAAAAUUGCAGUACCAUAGCGAGAAGCUUGCUCUUGCGUUUGCACUGCUCAAGAUGCCUCCGGGGGCACCCAUCCGUAUCAUGAAAAAUAUCAGGAUGUGUGGAGAUUGUCACUCUGCAAUUAAACAUGUUUCCAAGGUAAUGGAGAGGGAGAUCAUCGUGAGAGACACAAACCGGUUUCAUCAUUUUAGUGGAGGUUCAUGUUCAUGUGGUGAUUACUGGUGAUACAAAAGCUACUACUGUGCAAAGCAUCAAAUUGUUGAGGAGUACAGAAGGAUCUUGUGCUCUUCAAUAGUUAGAAGAAAGUACUAUCAUUUGACUCAUGGAUUGGUCAACAUGAUACAUAAGCAACAAGGAAAGAAGGACGAUUGAGUUUUAAGUUCUUUGGGAUCUUAUUUCCUGUUCCAGCUUGCUAGAUUGAACUGGCUAUAAAUUUAGUGGAGUUAUCUAGCAAAAUGUGGAGAUUAAACACUCAUAAUUUCACUCCCCAGGAGGAGCUUAGAGUUGUACAGCCCGAAGGUGCCAAGCUACUCCAAAGUUUAUAUUGGGUUUUAGGAAAACAAUGAAAUCUCAGUGCAUGCUGGGAUCAGCUUCAACUUGUAAAGGUUUUGAGAAGAAAGACUAAUACAGGCCUGCACGCAUACUUGUCGAUGUCGUGUUUUCCAUGAGCAAGAACCAAGGUAGAACUGUGCAUGUAUAUUACUACAUCCAGGUGAAGAUCCGACACUUGUGCUCGAGUCCAUUUUGGCAUAUCAUUCGGUGUCCCUGUUGAGCCAUUGGAUUGCUGGCCAAGAAUCAAGGCCGAGUCAUAUGCUAAUCCGAGCAAAUUAGCUGUUUAGUUUUGAGGUUUUCUUUUUCUCUGCCCCAUUGUGGCAACGAGAUGCUGCAAUAAAGUGACAUAGGAGCGGCUCCAUGCCCUUAAUCAAGAGAAGUUAAGGUAUUUACGAUGGUCCCUUAGUUUUUCAGUAAGUUGGGAAUUUUAGAUUCGUUUCACAUUACUCUAAGAUUACUGCUUGAGGAUUGUUCUUAAGCCUGUCACAUAUAUAUAUAUAAUAUAUCAUGUCUUGUAAGUUUUAGAAACUGAGUGAUUUGAAAACAAGUACAGUUUCUUUGAGAGUCUUUAUCCGUCAAUUCAGUCUGACGGAUUCCAUUAUUUACAUAUAUAAAAUCCUAGUUUAUCCUUUUAUUUAUGAAUGAAAUUGCUGUGAA